AUGCCACCACCGGCUAGGAAGAGGCGGCAUUCUCAUUCUACCGAUCCUUCCGAUACUCUGCUCGAGCCUUUCUAUUACGGCAAAGGCUUGACUGAUCCUAUCAACACAGCAAGGGAUAAAUGGAACCUCCUGCCAGCUUUCCUCAAGGUCAAAGGUCUGGUGAAACAACACAUUGACUCUUACAACUUCUUUGUCGACACGGAGCUCAAGACCAUUCUUCGCGCCAACGCCACUGUCCAUAGCGAUGUUGACCCUAACAUGUUCAUCAGAUACACUGACAUCCGCAUUGGCAAGCCGGAACGCGUUGAAGACCGCCAUAGUACGGUACCUGGUCUCUCUGGUCCUGGCAUCACGCCCAACGAGUGUCGCCUGCGCGAUCUGACAUACUCGGCUCCAAUCUACGUCAACUUCGAAGCCAGAUCGCAGAAUGGUCUGAAGAUGGAACGUAACGUGUACAUCGGAAGAAUGCCUGUCAUGCUGAGGAGUAACAAGUGUGUCUUGUCUGGCCGGUCAGAAAAGGAAAUGGGCUUGCUCAACGAAUGCGCCGUCGAUCCUGGUGGUUACUUUGUUGUCCGCGGUCAAGAAAAGGUCAUUCUGGUCCAGGAGCAGCUCAGCAAGAACCGUGUCAUUGUGGAAAUGUUCAAGGGAAUCAUUCAGGCCUCCGUCACCAGUCACACUGCAAACGUCAAAACCAAGACUUACGUUCUUCUCAAGAAAGGUCUGAUCGUUCUCAAGCACAACUCUCUUACCGAGGACAUUCCCGUCGCGAUCGCUCUGCGAGCCAUGGGAGUUCAGUCAGACCAUGAAAUUAUGCUUCUAGUCGCUGGCGAUGACGCUGUGUAUCAGGAUGAGUUUUCUGUCAAUCUUGAAGAGGCCGCUCGCUCAGGAGUGUCCACCCAAGAACAAGCCCUCGAAUAUGUUGGUGCACGCCUACGACCUGAGAGAUUUGGUCAAUAUGGUGUGCCCAAGAAGACCAACAAGCAAAACGCUGUCGAGAAGCUGUCCAACACAAUCAUCCCUCACGUUGGCGUGACAGCCAUAAACUUCCGACCAAAGGCUCUUUAUAUUGCUUUCAUGGUCCGCAGAGUCAUUAUGUGUAUGCACGAUCCGAAACUCAUCGACGACCGAGACUACCUUGGUAACAAGCGUCUGGAACUCUCCGGAUCAAUGAUGGCUCUGUUAUUCGAGGAUUUAUUCAAGGACUUCAACAAGCUCAUCAAGCAAAGUUGGGAUAAGGUCUUGAGGAAACCGAACAGAACUCGCGCGUUCAACCCUGCCGAUUACAUCACAAUGCACGAAUCUCGAAUCACGCAAGGUCUGGAGCGUGCCAUCUCAACUGGUAACUGGACAUUGAAGCGUUUCCGCAUGGACCGAGCUGGUGUCACUCACGUUUUGAGUCGUCUGAGUUUCAUCGCCGCUCUUGGUAUGAUGACCAGAAUCUCCUCUCAAUUCGAGAAGACUAGAAAGGUUUCUGGUCCUCGUGCGCUACAACCCUCUCAAUUCGGUAUGCUUUGUACUUCAGAUACUCCCGAAGGUGAGGCCUGUGGUCUGGUCAAGAACUUGGCUUUGAUGACACAUAUUACCACGAUGGACGAAGAAGACCCUGUACGCAAGAUGAUCUUCGUGCUUGGUGCUGAGGAUGUGACAUCUGCAAGCGGUACCGAGCUCUACGCCGAUGGUGCCUACAUCAUCUUCCUCAACGGUACACCUGUGGCCUUGACUCGCGAGCCCAAGCGUUUCCUGAUCGCCUUCCGCAGAUUCCGUCGCAUGGGAAGAAUCUCUGAGUUCGUCAGCAUCUACAUCAACCACCACCAUAAUGGUGUACAUAUUGCAACCGAUGAAGGUCGUAUCGUCCGACCACUCAUCAUUGUCGAGAAGGGCAAGUCAAAGGUCACGACACGAUACCUCGAAUCUCUCCGCAAGGGCACACUCGAGUUUGAUGAUUUCCUUUCACGUGGACUUGUCGAGUACCUCGAUGUUAACGAAGAGAACGACUGUAACAUUGCAGUCUACGAACAUGAUAUCAACCAGCACACUACACAUCUCGAGAUUGAGCCUUUCACCAUCCUCGGUGCCGUUGCCGGUCUUAUUCCCUACCCUCACCACAACCAGUCUCCCCGUAACACCUACCAAUGCGCUAUGGGUAAACAAGCCAUUGGUGCUAUUGCUUACAAUCAACUCACAAGAAUCGAUACGCUGCUUUACCUCAUGGUAUAUCCGCAAAAGCCCAUGGUCAAGAGCAGAACGAUCGAGCUCAUCAAGUACGACAAACUUCCUGCAGGCCAAAACGCCAUGGUUGCUGUCAUGUCAUACUCUGGUUACGAUAUUGAGGAUGCUCUGGUUCUGAACAAAGCCUCUUGCGAUCGUGGUUUCGGACGCUGUCAAGUAUUCAAGAAGGUCAGCAUGCCACUGAAGCAAUACCAGAACGGUCAGACCGACCGCAUCGGCGACCGUGAUCCCUCGAACCCUCGUCACAAGAAGAUUGGCAACGAUGGUCUCAUCGAAGUCGGCGCAGAGAUGGAGUCAGGCGAAUGCUACAUGCUCAAGGAAACACCAGUCAACCAAGGCAUGAACACCACAAACGCCGGCUGGGCACCUCAACACAUGUCCUACAAACUUCCCGACCCAGCCUACGCCGACAAAGUCAUGAUCAGCGCCAACGAGUCCAACACACCGAUAAUCAAGAUCCAAACACGACAGACCCGCCGUCCGGAAAUUGGUGACAAGUUCUCCUCUCGCCACGGUCAAAAAGGUGUCACUGGUCUUCUUGCUGAACAAACAGACAUGCCCUUCAACGACAUGGGUAUCUGUCCCGACAUCAUCAUGAACCCUCACGGUUUUCCUAGUCGUAUGACCGUGGGCAAAAUGCUUGAACUUCUGUCCGGAAAAGCAGGAAUUCUGCGUGGUGGCCAUGAAUACGGUACUGCUUUCGGCGGCAGCAAAGUCGAAGACAUGGGCGAUAUUCUCAUCUCUCAUGGCUUCAGCUACUCGGGCAAAGACCACCUGACCUCUGGUAUCACUGGUGAAUCUCUACCUGCCUACGUCUUCAUGGGUCCCAUCUACUACCAGAAACUCAAGCAUAUGGUGCAGGACAAGAUGCACUCUCGUGCCACCGGUCCUCGCGCUAUUCUCACCCGCCAACCCACAGAAGGUCGUUCGCGUCAAGGUGGUCUGCGUUUGGGAGAAAUGGAACGUGAUUGUCUGAUCGCGUACGGUGCUUCUCAGCUGCUGCUCGAACGUCUGAUGUUGUCUUCUGAUGCCCAUGAAGUUGACGUCUGCGAGACUUGCGGUAUGAUGGGUUACCAGAAUUGGUGCCAGAGCUGUCAGUCCUCCAGAGGUGUCGUGAGGAUGACUUUGCCAUACGCCGCCAAGUUGCUCAUUCAGGAAUUGUUGAGUAUGAACGUCAAGGCUGCUCUGAAGUUGACGGACGAGUUCCCUAGGGAUGAGUAA